AUGUCUCAGCGGAAGCAGAUUGAUAGCCGGUCACACUUCCUCUCCUUCCCCCGCUUAUUGUCGGAUCGCCUCCCCGCCGAGGCUCGAGAAGUUGGCAGCCCUGAAAAGAUGGUGAGAUCAGUGCGGGAGCCGCCGGUCACGCCACUGGCCAUCGGCCUGUUCACCUCUAUCAAAGCCGUCGUCGCUCUCUGCGCCAAACACUGCCCAACCAAGGAGCUCGGUUUCGGUUGCUUCAGGGCGGGGAAGAAUAUCGAAACAUCCGCGCCAUCAAAGUCGCCGAAGGACGCCGGUGGGCUACUGCCGGUCGACGAACUCUGUGUGAAUCUCUCGCCGGGAUCCGUACUCGUUUCACCGAGAGUGCUCCUCCUGGCGCUGACUCACAAGGCCAUGGCUGUCUUCCACAUGAAAAGUACGGCUGAAGAGGCUGAAACUGCUGAAGACGAAGAAGAGGAGGGCGUGUGGAAGAGGCAAAUCCUCAUGGGAGAGCGGUGCCAGCCGCUGGACUUCUCCGGCGUCAUCUACUAUGACCACACGGGCAGGCAGCUGCAGGAUUACUUUUCGCCAAGCGACGGCCAUAAUUCAGCCGCUUCCUACGUCGACACCCGUGACGGUCAGCCCAGCUUAAAGGCGCCGCUGAGACGGCCGUUCGGUUCGCCGAGGGCGUUGUUAGCGGUUCUGAGCCGCAAAGCCGGCAGCAUCUUCAAACGGGAAAAGGCCAGGAAAGAGGCAGAGGGUGUUGACGAAGCCGACGGGCUGUGGAAGAGAAAAAUCCUUAUGGGAGAGCGCUGCGAGCUGCCGGACUUCUCCGGUGCCAUUUACUACGACCACACCGGCAAGCAGCUGCCGGAGUUGCCUCCGUAAUCACUGGCCAGCUUAUCCUUUCCGGUGGUCGACUCGACACCCAAAAUGCUGACUUAAGCUUCAGUUCCUCUCUUCCUGAGACCGCGGUAAACACGCAAUAUUUGUGAUGUACUAACUAAUCUUUAAUGAUUUUGUUUCCACCA